CCAGGCGGAGCUCCUCUCCAGUAUGGGGCCGAUCACAUUUGAGGACGUGGCGGUGCAUUUCUCGGAGGAGGAGUGGCAGAUGCUGGAGAAGUGGCAGAAGACCCUGUACCGGGCGGUGAUGAAGGACAACUAUGAGGCGGUGUCCUCGCUGGGUAGGUGACGCAGUCAGUACAGUGCGGGUACCGCGGAGCGUCAGUGCACAUUAUCCAACAGCUGUCACUUUUCUCUUCCCAGGAUUCCUCACCU